CCAGCCCUGAGUCUUGGCCCUCGGAUAGUGGGAACAGACUGCUGUUGCAGCGGGACCGGCAAUCAUGGCUCCGGGUUGGCCUUGGCCUCUGCCGCAGAUCCUCGUGUUGGGACUCGGGUUGGUUCUGAUACGCGCCGCGGCCGGGGAACAAGCACCAGGCACCGCCCCAUGCUCUAGCGGCAGCUCCUGGAGCGCGGAUCUCGACAAGUGUAUGGACUGCGCUUCGUGUCCAUCGCGACCGCACAGCGACUUCUGCUUGGGAUGCGCAGCGGCACCUCCCGCUCCCUUCAGGCUGCUCUGGCCCAUUCUGGGAGGCGCUCUUAGUCUGGCCUUGGUUUUGGCGCUGCUUUCUGGUUUCCUGGUCUGGAGACGGUGCCGACGGAGAGAAAAGUUUACUACCCCUAUAGAGGAGACUGGUGGAGAGGGCUGCCCAGGUGUGGCACUGAUCCAGUGAGGAGCACUCGCGCUGGGUCCCACUCAUCGUCCGUUCAUUCAUUCUGGAGCCAGUCUGGCCUUCCAGACACAACCCGAGCCAGACUCUUCCAACCACAAGGGGGUGGGGUGAGGUGAUUCACCUCCAAAGACUGGGCUUAGGGCUCAGGGGAGUCUUCCAAGGUGUCUAGAUUGCCCUGUCUCUGGUUCCAGGGCAGAGAGCUGUAAGCUGGGUCACAAAGCGACACAAUACUAAGGAACUGCAGCAUUUGCACAAGGGGGUCUUUUGCUCUCCCCAAGUCCUGGAGGCCUGACUGACUUGAGGGACAGACACACUAGGUCCCACCCACUCCGAUGGGCUAAAAUUCAACUAACACUGAGUUUCAGCCCUGGAAGUGGGUCAGAUUUAAGGACCUGUUCUUAACACUAAGGAGGCUGGCCCUCUGGGAGGGCUGGCCCUAACACAAACACACACAUAACCCAUCCCCUAAAGUGGGGGGGAUAUUUAUUUUGGGGAUAAAGUUUGGUGGGGAGGAAGAAUUUAUUAAUAAAAGAAUCUUUUAACUUUAAAUGGUUUGGAAUAUG